CACAAGAGGCAGGAGCAGAAGCAGCAGCAGCAGCAGCCGGGCAAGGAGGGGAGGCAGGUGACUUGAAGGUCGCCGGCAGUGAGAGAGAGAGAGAGAGAGAGAGAGAGAGAGAGAAGUCACCUGAUCCAGGCGAGCGCACACCUCCGAGGCAACCCUUAACCCGAACAGAUGAGGGGAAAGCGAGGGAGGGCGAGCAUCGCCAGCGUGGGCUAGGCGGGGAGGCUGGCACUUUUUGGAGCGAAGCCUCCCCUCCAAGGACCGGACUUGGACGGACCGGGACCGGCCGGACCCGGGAGACUGGUCACCUUAACUAUGUCCCAGCCGGUGGACAGGAUGCACUCCAAAAGGGCAGGGAUCCGGGCAGCUGUGGUUCUCAUAGGGUUGUUGCACAAGUCGCGAAAGCAAAAUAAAGAGAAAAGGAAACAGGAACUGUCCAACAAUUCUGAUGCACCCCUUUCAGAUGGACCUCUUUCCCCUCCCCUCACGGCGCCUCCAACCAUGAAGUCUGCAGAGUUCUUUGAGAUGCUGGAGAAAAUGCAGGGAAUCAAGCUGGAAGAACAGAAAACAGGAAGUCAGAAAAACAAGGAUGACUACAUCCCGUACCCCAGCAUUGACGAGAUCUUGGAAAAGGGGCCCCCGUACCCCAUGGUGAUCCUCCCCCAGUUUGGAGGCUACUGGAUCGAGGACCCCGAGAACCUCUGCACCCCGACGUCCUCCGAGAGCAGCGUCGGCGAGGAGGAGGAGGCAGAGGGCCUCAGCCCCAGCACGUUUGGCUACCGGUUGGAGUGUAAAGGAGAAGCCAGGGCCUACAGGAAGCACUUCCUGGGAAAGGAUCACUUAAAUUUUUACUGUACAGCCAGCAGCCUCGGUAACCUGAUCCUUUCCAUUAAGUGCGAGGAGGUGGAUGGGGUGGAAUACCUUCGGAUUAUACUCAGGUCCAAAGUGAAAACAGUCCACGAGCGGAUCCCCUUGACAGGACUGAGCAAGCUUCCCAGCAUUCCUCAGAUUGCCAAGGCUUUCUGCGAUGAUGCCGUUGGACUGAAAUUCAAUCCUGUCCUGUACCCCAAGGCUUCACAAAUGAUAGUGUCAUAUGAUGAACAUGAAGUGAACAACACGUUCAAGUUUGGUGUUAUAUAUCAAAAAGUCAAACAGACCCAGGAGGAGGAGUUGUUUGGGAACAAUGAGGAGAGCCCUGCCUUCAGAGAGUUCUUGAGUUUGCUGGGGGACACCGUCACACUCCAGGACUUUAAAGGUUUCCGAGGGGGCUUGGAUGUGACCCACGGCCAGACGGGAACGGAGUCUGUGUACACUGUGUUCAGGGACAGAGAGAUCAUGUUUCAUGUCUCCACGAAGCUGCCUUUCACCGAAGGAGACAACCAACAGCUGCAGAGAAAGAGACACAUCGGUAACGAUAUCGUGGCGAUUAUAUUUCAAGAGGAAAACACUCCGUUUGUCCCCGACAUGAUUGCUUCGAAUUUCCUGCACGCUUACAUCGUUGUGCAAGCCCAGCACCUGGAUUCCGAAGCCACGUCCUAUAAGGUCUCUGUCACUGCUCGAGAAGACGUCCCUCCCUUCGGCCCCUCCCUGCCCAGCCCGCCCGUGUUUCAGAAGAGCCCAGAAUUCCGGGAAUUUUUGCUGACCAAGCUCACCAAUGCAGAGAACGCCUGCUGCAAGUCUGACAAGUUUGCAAAGUUGGAGGACCGGACCCGGGCUGCCCUGCUAGACAACCUGCACGAUGAACUCCACGCCCACACACAGAUCAUGCUGGGACUGGGGCCUGAGGAGGAUAAAUUUGAGAAUGGGAGCCACGGGGGGAUCCUGGAAUCCCUCAAGAGAGCCAUCCGCGUCCGCAGCCACUCGAUGGAGACCAUGGUGGGGACCCAGCGGAAGCAUCACAGUGGAGGCAUUCCGGGGAGCCUCAGCGGGGGGAUUCCCCACAACAGCGUGGAAGUCACCAAGACCACUUUCUCUCCCCCCGUCGCGGUGGCCACCACCAAGAAUCAGUCCCGGAGCCCCAUCAAACGGCGGUCCGGACUGUUCCCUCGCCUGCACACGGGGGCCGAGGGCCAGGGGGACUCCCGAACCCGAUGUGACAGCGUGUCUGCGACCCAGAAGACCUCAGAUGGUGGGCACUCUUCUCAAGACAUGAAAUCAGAGACCUCAUCCAAUCCCAGCUCCCCUGAAAUAUGCCCCAACAAAGAAAAGCCUUUCAUCAAGCUGAAAGAGAACGGUCGAUCCAACAUCUCCCGCUCCUCAUCCAGCACCAGCAGCUUCAGCAGCACAGCGGGCGAGAGUGAGACCAUGGAGGAGUAUGAUAGCAUGGGCAGCCAGCCAGCCACGGCCUCCCCCUACAAACAGGAAGUGUUUGCCUACAGCCCCUCCCCCAGCAGUGAGAACCCCAGCCCGGCGUUGGCCGCCACCCCGGUCAUCAUGAGCAGGAGCCCCACAGAUGUGAAGAGCAGAAGCUCCCCGAGGUCCAAUCUGAAGUUUCGCUUUGAUAAACUCAGCCAAGCCAGCGCCAGUCCCGGCCACUAGUGGGAGAGAGGAGCUGUUAACUUGGUAAAGGGAAGUCCUGUUUUGACCCAGGAAAACCUCUUCUGAGAAGUGGGAACGUCCCCGUCCACUACACACUAAUAAGAGCAGCUGCAGCCAUAGUGCAUCGCGAUCCUUCGGUUCCUCAGCCGGGCUUUCGUGCCGAGGGGAGACCCUGCUUUCUCUCCACCGUGUUCCCGUCCCCAAGCUCUCUCUCUCUCUCUCCUCUCUCUCUCUCUCUCUCUCAGCGGCAGGGCCCCCUCCUCAGCCCCCGUGGGGUAGACCACCCCUACCAUGUAGCAUACACCGUACCCGCAGCCGCACCACCCGUGGGCCCGGUACGUGGAAAUAUACACCCCCCCGUGUGCCCCGUUUUAUGUACCACGGCUGUUUGUCUAUCGGAGACGAUGAGGUGCUGUCCACCUUGUGUUGUCUUGGAGGGCGAUGGGCUUUUCCAGCGGCAGAUCUAGUUCUCCUGGGCAGCCCUCUCCGCCCGCCCCUGGACGCUUUUCUUUAGGGCUUUAGGCAUGUUCGUGAGGGAGGCCCAGGAGGAUUGUGAGAGGAGAACAGGGAGGGUGCAUCCCUCCUUGCUUUCGCUUUGUUGGUGCUUGGUUCUGGGACCUGGGAUUAGCCCCACCCCCACUCAGAGUUUCUUGGGGGCUAGAGAAUAUAGUCCGCUAGUGGCCAAUGGGCCCCUUGGGCAGCUGUGACCAGUAGGAGGUAAUUCUGUUUGCAGCUUCUGGACCACUCCUGACAAAGCAGGGGUGGGGAGGAUGCCCCAAGGGCACUCCUUGGGGGAGACUCUGGAAAAUUGAGGAGCUGACCCGAGCCCUCCCACCCCGACCCCGAGCCCACGGUGGAGUUGCCUGCCUUGUCUCUUCCUCCCUGGGCGGGCCGACGGCCCCACACGCUUUCUCCAUCAUGGCAGUCUCAGGGGGGCUGAGGGCUGUCCUGACUCUCUCCCUCAGUGAACACCCUGAAUUGGGAAGUCCUUCAGAUCCCUUGGGACCUGGCUUCCCUCUCCCUGAGGAACACACUUACUUUUGGGCUCACUUCUCCGACCGAUCCAUUCCCUCCCCCGAUCUGUUUCCAGGUGGUAGUGCUGGUCCAGUCAGGGGUUGUCUCAGUUUCUAAACCCUCCUGGCCUGCUGGUUCAUGACGGUGAGGCGCAGGGGCUUCCCUCGUCCGUGCCCUGCCCUUUUCCCAAUGGGGAUUUCCUGCCCAGCGGGGGAAGUUGGUAGAUUCAGCCCGGCACCGGUAGGGUCAGGGAGGGUGGAGAUGGCUCGGGAGAGGCUGUGGGGAUUUUAGGGAGUUGUUGCGGUAGGAGGCGGCUUUGAGGUCCAGACUGGAGUCUCCACUGGAGUCUGGGGAGUGUAGCUGUGGCAAAAAAGGUCAAGGGUCAGAUGAGCCCGCCCUCCACCGAUCGGCGAAGAUGCCCACUGGACCCCUCCUGGGCCAGCCGGCGGCUCCUUGGUGGGUUUCCGUGCGGUCCUUUAAACUGGUGUUGGCUCCCUGCCCCUGCCCGAUGCCCACAGGCUGAGAUGACUCAGAGCAGAAAUGCCCCACCCUGCUCGGGGAGAUUAAAGAGCAAUUGCAUCAUGCUUGCUGGUAGAAUCCUUUUGGUUUUUUGUUUCCCUCAAAUUCUUCCAAGGACCAAAUUCCGCUUUUGAAUCUGGAUCCAAGAGCAAUGGGGCGAUCUGCUGGCAACUCCCAUCCAGGUUCCUUGGCCAUCUCAGGGUGGCUCGUGCUGGAGGGAGGUUGUCAUUGUCUCCAAGAGCAGGAUGAGACUGGGCUCCGACGCCCGGUCUCGGAGAUCGGAGGCAAACCCUUGGGCAGCGAGACCGGGUUUGGAAAGCUAUACCCCUCCAGGUCUCGCUGGAAACACCAGAACCACAUCCCUCUGAUCGCUUCCUUCCCACUGCUAAAGAGUGAAGCCGGAGGUGAUUAAGGAUGGGUGAUGCCUCCUGGGGUACCAGCCUCCUCCCUAGCUGACUAUGGUCUCGACUCCCAGCGGUUCGUGGGGCCAGGGGGACCGGCGGGCUCACCGGGCCGGCCGGAGUAUGAUGUCACCUCUCGAUCCGUCCCCUCGGCACCUUUCCUUGGUCCGAGCUUGAAUUCGGAGUGAUGUUGAGGCACGGAGGUGUCAUCCUUCCUAGAAAUUCCCUCCGGUUUGCCGCCAAUCAACCAGGGUCUAAGUGUUGGUCUCUGUGAGACCGUUAGAGUCGGGAAACUCGUGUGUCAUGGUCUUUGAGGUAGGGCCGGCUCUCGUGGGCCCCUAUAGCUGUGAGGGGGUCCAACAGCGGGGCCCUGGGAGAAGGCUCCCCAAGUCUGUGGCGAACGGUCAGACUGUCUGCUUCUUUCCCGGCCUGCAGAUACUGCCCCGCCUCAAUCCCCCAAAGCCCCCGAGAGCCUUAAACCCAAUGCUCUCCCUCUGCCUGGGUCUCUGAGAGCGGGUGGUUUCGUAUUUAAACAAAUCUCAUCUCCCACUUUACCAGGCAGGAAACCUUAGAAGAAGGUCCCUGUGGAAUCAGUCGUCGAUCCUCGUCUGAGACGUUAAACUCUACGGGCCAGACAGUAGUUUGCUCUCAUUUUCUUGUGCCGAUCUCUUAAGGUAUUGGCAGAAACUGUAAAAAGGCAAAACCGUUGAUGUUCAUUUCCCAAAUUGAGAAAGAGCGAAUCUGUGGUUGGGUACAGUUCUGGCUCCCCGAAGCAGGUGGGGUGGCUGAGCCUUCUAAGGGCCAAGUGGCCUCCUCGGACUUGUUGAAUGGUGCCCAUCGGAUGAGGCGGUCACCCCUCCGGCCCCCCUCCCCCAGAGUUGGAAUGGGAUGCUCCCCCCCGGAGAUGAUAAUAGCAGAGGGGAAUUAGACGCAGAGCUGGCUUCAGGGCUCAGCUGCUUGGAUCUCACCUGACAGCUCGGGGAAUCUGGAGGGAAACAGCCAAUUUGAUCAGGUUCCCGCAGGCGGGGGGUGGGGGUACAACCUCAGCCCAGAGGACCCCUGGGAGUCUCCAUGGCAACGGGGGGCAGACUGAGUCCAGAGGGGAGCCGAGAGUUGCGGGGGCGGGGGGGGGGGGGCUCCGACCCAGAAGGAGAUCUUUGUACCUUUCAACGUGCUGCUUGUCUCCGGCUCCGUCCGGAUCCUAGGAAGCGUAGGCAACGUGGUUUAUUUACACAGGGGGGAUGAAUUCUCACCCGUCUUUUCCUUUGUGGUGUUCAGCUAUCGGGUCCUUUCGUUUCAGCUUGAAUGAGUGAAGUUGUUUUCCGUUGUUUAAAAUCUCCAAGCAUGUUGGCCGACUUUUCGUUUCCCCCCCACCAUGAAUGUAGCAUUGUGAAACUCCGGUGAAGGAGAAACUUCUGAGUUUACGAUGUUCAAAUGUGAAGAGAGUGGCUAAGCGUGACGAAAUCGAAGAACUGUAUCUCAGAAAUUAUUUUAUUACUUUUUAGAAAGCAGGUGCUUUGUAGAGUCUCUGGUCGCCUAUGUUUGUAAAUACUGUACAUUUAAUUUAUUGCUAUGGUAGCCCAUUGUACCGGUUAUGUAUAAAACAGAUUCUAAAAGGUUCACAAAUGUAUAUUUUGUUGCUUAAAUGUGUCUUUGCAAAAAAUCACAAUAAAUAACAUAUUUUGUGUC